CACAGAAAGUUGUUGACACAGAACAAGUUCGCAAAAUUCGCGAAGAUUAUGAAAAAAAGCUAACCACAAUGCGUGAUGAAUUCAGGAAGUUGCAAUCCGUCGAACGAGAACAUCGUCGAAUGCAAGCAAAACAAGUUGCAGAACAGCAACAGCUUUUGCGAUUGAGGAAUGAACUAAAUGAGUUGAAGAAAACAAAGGUUCAACUGAUGCAGCGAAUCAAAGAAGAAGCCAGACGUGCUAAAGCAAUUGAAUUAACAAACAUGAAGAAACUAGCUGGUUUAGAAAAAGAAUCUAGAAAGAAAGAUAACUUAAUCCAGAAACUUCAAAACAAAGAUCGUCAACGAGAAGAUUUCUUGAAAAGAUCAGCCGAUGAAGUUAAUCGCUUACGACAGCAACGUACUGCUUAUGAUCGUAAAACUGAACGAAGUGGAACACAGCGAAGUAUGCGAUCAACACAACUGCGUCAUGGACGUGGUACAGUUCCUUUAACAAAGUUAGAAGUGAACAAAGCAAAAGCAAAGUGGAUGGCUAUUGAAAAAAAUAUACGUCGCAGAAUCAGCCAGCGUCAAGCGAUUACCAAGAUGGAAGAAGAACUGGAGAAAAUUGUAGCUGAAAAACGUAUUUUAGCCGAGGAAAUUCAACGGCUGGAACAACAGUUUAUCAAGGCAAAAGAUCUAGCUGAAAGAGAUCUUAUUGGUGAACAUAUUGAUGGUUGUUAUGCGAAGAUGCGUUACGUUCAAGAACAGUUUACCGAAUUGCGGAAUACAAUUGCUGGUAUCGACAAUGAAAAUACCAAGGUACAAAUGUUCGUCCUCUAUCCGUUCCUAUUGCCUCAUCCUGUGAAACAGACUAUGAAAUCUUAA